CCAUGGCGGGGGGGGGGGGCAGCUGGGCGGUAUCCCCCGGCCUCUGGGGACAAGGGCUAGAAGUCUGCUUUGGGGACAGUUGGGGGUCAAGGGCCUCCAGCGCUCUGGGGAUCCGGGUCAGGAGCAGCCCCCCCCGCCCCGCCCCCCGGCCCCCCCCCCCCCACUCUGACUGGCGGCGCCCUCAGCUCCCCAGCCCCGCACUUCCUGCUCCGGGCAGGUUCCGGUGAGAGCUGGGUGCAUGAGUACCCCAAGACUGUUCCCGAGGGUCCAGGGUCCGAGGCGGCGGCCGCUGUGGGUCAGGCCCGGGACUCGGCGCUCAGCGGGCUCGGGCUGACCCAGCGCUUUUCUCCCGGGUACCGGCCCCCGGAACUCGCCGGCCCGAAGUCCUCCUGUCACCUGGGCAGGUGGCCGCGCAGGUGGCGCUGGGCCACCCCCCCCCCACCCCCCGCAUUCCAGAGGCUGCGACCCGCCCCGCGGAAGAAGGACGUUGCCCGGAGGGAGCCCCAGGGUGCUGAUGGCUCGAGCUUGUUCUUAUGCCCAUUUGAGGACAAAAUAUCAUGUGAGGAGCCAGAAGUAAGAUAAUUCAAGGUGGUGAGCCAGAAAUAAAAUGGAAAUAUCAUCUGCUAAGAAAGAACUGCUGGGGAAAGGAGAGGUUGGAAAAUAAGGUGAAGCGUAAUUCUCUAUCUUCACAUUUUCUGAAAUUUGGCUAAACAGUAUGACUGCCCUUUCUCCAGAGAAGUGCUCUUUCAAGUACCACUUCCAUCAAACAAGCCAGCCCCUUGAUGGAAAUUGUCUGCUCAUCUUGAUUCUGCUUGGGAAAAUACUAUUAAAUGUCCUCACGCUAGGAAUGAGAAGAAAAAACACCUGCCACACUUUUAUGGGGUAUUUUUGCAUUUCACUAGUAGCCAUGGAUCUUUUGCUCUUGGUGAACAUUUGCAUCCUAUCCUGUUUCAGGGACUUUGUCCUGUUGGGCGUGAGGUUCACUAGAUACCACAUCUGCCUCUUCACUCAGAUUAUUUCUUGUACUUACAGUUUUCUGCAUUAUCCAGUUUUCGUUAUUGCUUGCAUAGAUUAUCACCUGAAUUUCUCUGCACCCACCACGCUUUCGUUUAAGUAUCGGAAAAUAUUUUAUAUCUCUGCUGCCCUUUUAAUUUGGGUUUUGGUUCUUGCUUAUGUGUUGGGGGACCCAGUUGCCUACCAAAACCUGAAGAUCCAGAAUGUUAAUUCUGAUCAAUGUCCUUUCCACAUGAGCAUCCAGAGCUACUGGCUGUCAUUUUCCAUGGUGACACUUUUAUCUCUGGCUUUUGUAACCUCUUGGUCGGAAGUUACUGCCUUGGUGCAGGCUAUUAGGAUAACUUCUUACAGGAAUGAGACCAUCCUGUAUUUUCCCUUUUCAUCCCACUCUGUUUGUAAUCUGAACUCCAAGAAAACACUCAUGCCCAAGUUGCUGGUCUGUUUUCUUGGUACCUGGUUACCAUUUGUACUCCUCCAAGUGGUUAUUCUUGUACUCAAAGUACAGAUUCCAGCAUAUAUUGCGAUGAAUAUUCCAUGGUUGUACUUUGUCAAUAGUUUUCUCAUCGCUACUAUUUAUUGGGUUAAUUGUCACAGACUUAGUUUAAGAGUUAUUGUGUCACCCGUUGAUCCGUUUAUUAACUGGAAAUGCUGUUUCAUCCCACUCACAGUUGAGAAUCUUGAGCAAAAUGAAAAGCCUAUAUCAAUAAUAACUUAUUAAUAUUUGUCAUGUUAGAAGGUAUAAUGAUGGUACGAGUCAUCAGAUUACAAAUAGCAACAAUGACUUGGUGGGACAUACAAUAUAAGGAAUGGAGCUUUCCAGACCUCUCAACUUUCGUAGCUUUUCAGAAUGUCUUUUCAAAGCUGUUUAUUUUUCAACAAAACUAUUUUAAAAAAAUUUCUACCUAGGACCAGAAAAUAGUUCAAUUGGUAGGCUGUGUGCCUUGUUACACACAAAGCCCCAAGUUCACAUGGGAGGACCACAGUGCCAGAACUAUAGAAUCAUUCCAUCUCUGUCUAUCUGAAAGAUAACAAAAAAAAAAAUGGAAGGCACCAGGAACAGGGAAAUCACACAUGCAUUGAGACACCAGUGUUGCCAAGGGAAAAGAAAAAAAUUAUUUUGUACCUUUCAAGGAAACUCCAUGUCACCAACUUUACUUGGUUAAUGCAGAAAUGAAGUGAGUCAGCAUUUGGCUUACUCUUACUUGUGUUAUCAAAAAACAAAGCUUUACUGGAUGCAAAUUGUUAUGUAAAUCUGAAAUCUGCUGCUAACUUUGAGAUGUGAACUUAAAUAAACACUUUUAUUUAAAUUCAGGGAAA